GCCGCGUCCCGCCCGCGCCGGGGGAAGGACAGAGCUGCCGGGUUCCGGCGGAAGGGGCGGGCGGCGGCAGCGUGCGAGCGCCAUGGGCCGCAAGAAGAACAAGAAGGGUUCUGCCCGCGAGGGGCGGCUGGUGGUGACUUUCGACGAGAAGCAGCGGAGGGAGUACCUGACCGGCUUCCACAAGCGGAAGGUGGAGCGGAGGAAGGCGGCGCUGGAGGAGAUCAAACAGAAGCUGAAGAAAGAGCAGAAUAAAAUUAAAGAGGAGCGGCACCAGGAGUACCUGAAGAUGCUGAGCGAGAGGGAGGAGGCGCUCGAGGAGGCUGAUGAGCUGGAGCACUUGGUGACAUCGCGGACGGAGUCUGUGAACAUUGACCACCCAAACCACAUCGUAACAGUGACCACCAUCAGCGACCUGGACCUGUCAGGGGCACGCCAGCUGGGACUGACCAGCCCCCUGGGAAAAACUGAUGGAUCCGAAGAAGAGAAAGGGGAAGAGGUGGUGAACAAGCCUGUGAGAACAAUGCCCAAGAAGUCCAGAAACCCCUUCCUGUCUGAAAAAAUCUCUUCUCUUACUGCCACACUGCACAUGCACAGCCAAAAGAAGACAAAAAGAAAGAGAUCCCAACGUGGGCAAGGCCCACGUAAGAAAAUCCAGAAGUCCUGCACAGGGCGAACCACCAAGACUCAGCGUCGGCGGCUGACUGGGAAAAUGGGCCGUGACCAGGAUUAACAGAGAAACUAAUGUUCAGACCACCAGCUGGGACAGUGCUCCACAUCUGGCCUGCUGCUCUUUGGGUCCCUGUCAUUGUGGGCAAGCACCUUGUUUACAUGGCAUUCUGGCUAGCCAUUAACCCAGGCCAGUUCAGCCUUUCUGUAGCCUCCUGAGCACUGGCCAGGGUGACCAGACACUCUGCCCAUUUAUUUUUCCAGUGAUCUGCAGCUGAGUGUCUGGGUACCACAGAAUCUUAAAAACUUCUGCUGAAGGUUGUGUUCUCUAUUUGGCAUAACCCUUCUGUCCUUGGCCCCCCCUUUCAGAGCUGAUAUUUGGCUUUAUCAAAGAAGGGGAUCUGGGGCAGAGUGCAACAGGCACAUCGUUGUCAGGGCAAUUUGAGAGACUUGGGAGAGCUCUGCUUGCACUCCUGCAUCAGUGCCCUGGCAUUUCUGCUGUGCAGUAAAUCCUUUUUCCAUGGAGACGUGGUGUCAUCUUGUCUCCUGUGUUUCUUCACCACACAACACAGUGCCACACCUGAAUGCAGGGGUACUUUUUAUUUGGUACUUGUGCCAGGUGAAAUUGGGUAACUUUGUGAAUAAAUUUGAAGUCAUUUUGCCAAGUAAAA